AUGCUCCUGUUCCGUUCGGGAAUUAAAUUCAGAAAUGUUUUUCAAAGAUCAGUAACCACAUUAAAGAAGCAACGAACGGGCUCCUCGCCUAUCGGAAAGUUCCUGGUCGUCGUACCUUUUCUCUGCCUUGGGUUGGGAACUUGGCAAGUGAAACGUUUGAAAUGGAAGCGUGGCUUAAUUCGUUCCAUGAACGAGAGCUUGGACAAUGAUGCUGUUCCGCUCCCUUCACAUAUAACUCAACAGGCAUUAAAGGGACUUGAGUGGAAACGUGUUUGGAUAGAAGGUCAGUUGCAGCAUCAUCAAGAAAUGCUUGUUGGUCCCCGAACUGUUGACGGGUUCACGGGUUACCACGUUGUGACACCUUUAAUUAUGGGUGAUGGUCGACGAAUUCUUGUUAAACGUGGUUGGAUUCCACGGGAACUGAAGGAUCAAAAAAGCCGGGAUCCGGCUUCUAUGCCACAGGGAAAGGUCCGAGUGGAAGGUCUAUUGCGUACGCACUCGGAUCGUCCUUGGUACAUGCAGAAAGACCGCUUGUCGAAAGAUGAAUUCUUUUUCGUGGAUGUGAACGAAAUGUCGACUUUAACGGGUAGUGAACCACUGUUGCUUGUCCAACUUGCAGAGCCAAAUGAAACGACUGCCGCUGCUCAAAAUGCCGCUAAAGAUGGGUUUCCCAUCGCUGAGCCUCGUGAAGUCAAAAUCUUUAAUAGUCAUAUGGAGUACAUUAUUACAUGGUAUUCGUUGGCCGCCGUAUCAGCCGUCAUGCUAUACUAUUUCCGCAAGAACGGCCGAAAAACUUUCCAGCAGGAUGCCUUAAACGAGCGCAUCGAGGCCAUGAAACGUCUUUAG